AUGGGGAACACACACCCCACUACCUCCGCGUCCACCUUCACUGAUGCAGACGAUGAAGUGUUGACGGAAGCCCUGGACGCGCAUUUGCACCAACUGGUCGCCUACGCGCACUCAGCCGACACUUCGCUCCAGCGAGAAGUGGCCGAGAAAUUGGCCAAUGAGGCGGUGAAACCUGAUCGGCAGGUGCAGAUUGUGGAACUAAACGGACUGCAGCUGCUGCUGCCACUGACCAAGUCGACGGACACGGAGGUGCAACGACUUGCAGCGCACGCUCUUGCCAACCUCUCGGUCAAUUCGGAGAAUCAGUCGAAAAUGGCGACUGAAGGAGGCAUUGGGAUGCUCAUUGAUCUCUUGAGCAGCUCGAACGAGCACGUUCAGCGCCAAGCGGCCAAGGCACUGGCUAACCUAGGCGUAAAUGUGGAUAACAAGGAGCGAAUCGCAAAGGCAGGCGGCAUCAAACCGCUCAUUGACUUGGCAAGCUCGCGGCAAAUAGGCGUCGCAGUUGAGGCUGUUGCGGCACUUGCAAAUUUGGCUGUCAAUGAUGCCAAUGAGGUCGAGAUCGCACGUAAAGGCGGCUUGAAGUCUAUCAUUGAUGGAGCACACUCAGAGUCGAUGGAGCUCCAAUCCCAAGUGGCACGUGCACUACGCAACCUUUCAGUCAACCCGGAGAACAAGCAAGCGAUUGUGGACUUGGGUGGUGUGAAGGCUCUGCAGUCACUUGUGCGCUCCACUAACGACCGGAUAUGCCAGCAAGCUACGCGGGCACUCGUGAAUCUGGGCGUCAACGUUGUCGACUAG